UAAAAGCUCCACAGUUCACCGGAAACACGUCACGCCCCGAAUGAGCAGGACCCAGAGAAGCAGCAAUGGUGGAUUAUGUUUUUCUACAUAGUAAUGUAACUGCAGAGAGCUUUGAUAGCGAGAUGAGCUCCGCGGGGAUGUUCCAGACGCAGAUCUCCGCGAUCAUGAAGGCGGCCGCGGUGGAGAUCAGUCAGUUGCUGGAGGAAGAGGCUGCAGCUCUUCAUCAGGAGAUCCGGAGGAGGAACCAGGAGAUCCAGGGACUGAAGACUAAACUACUGAGAGUCACUGCAGAGAGAUGCUCUGUCGGCGUACAGGUGGAGCUCAUGGACACGAGAGUAACGGCUCAUUCGCGGGAAGCUCAGACUGAUCAUCCCAGCCAGGAAAAGAUUGUUGUGAAGAAUCUCUCAGAGGAGAGAGCUCACUUUUCACAUGCGGUGGAUGUGAAUUCACAGCUUUUGAAACAAGAAGAGUCUAUAUCGCCGCUGAAGGAACCGGAGGAAGAGGAGCUCAGCGGACUGGAGUUUGAGAUGAAGAUCGAACAGGUGGAAGAACUUGUGGAUCAGACACUGAAUCAAGUUCAGGCAAAGCAGAAAUUUGAAGGACAAAACCACUGCCAUGAUGGAAACACUCGUUUAUGGUGUUCCGGGAAAGCAUUCGACCAUCCAGAAAGUCUUAUGGAGUCAGAGCAACAUUCCCAGAGUUUUACAGAUCCAUAUGGGAUGGAGGAUCCGACGACCACGUCAACUCAGUCCGGUUUAUUGGCUGUUCUGCAGAACGAGAGCUUUGGCGUUGCAGACAUUGAAUACGACUUGAAUUUUCCGGAUUCCCACAGACACUCACCCACAACGAGCUCAUCUGACUCGACGCCGUUCAACACACUCCCAUCCUCACAUUCAAGCUCGUGUUUGCCCAAAACGCUCCCACAGAGUCUAAAUCCCGGCAAGCACACAGGAACCAAACCCUUCCGAUGUGAGGAAUGUGGGAAAGGCUUUACACAGAGGACUCGGCUGUUAACACACAGACUAGUGCACACGGGUGAGAAACCCUUCCGCUGUGAGGAGUGCGGGAAAGGCUUCACACAGAGGACCCGUCUUUUAACACACAGACUAGUGCACACGGGUGAGAAACCCUUCCGCUGUCAUUUUUGCGGUAAGACCUUCUCCAGACAGGACAACUGUCUCAGACACGUGCGCUUGCACAGCGGAAAGAGAUGAUGAACUUGGACACGAUCACACACUCACACAAGGUUUUACAUAUCGUGUCUCAAAGUGAGAUUUCUUAGAAUUGUAACUGUGUUGAUAUUAGCUUUAGUUGCAUUUCUGCAUUAAGGCCUGUUACACACAUCUUACACUGUUAUUAUGCAACUUCUCCCUUGCCAUGAAAAUAAUGUUUCAUAAUGAUCAAGUUUCUAACAAUACCCAGGGUUAUUAUAGUUAAACUUAACGAUAAAACAACUUUCGGUACUCAGUCCCUCAGCAAAAAUGAAAUGAUACUGAAACCACCAGUAGGUGGCGGCAAUUCAUUGGCUUUGCGAGUGAGUCAUUGAAUCAUUCACUCAUCCGAUUCAUUCAAAACAGCUGAUUCAUUCAGGCACAAAGCAGAAGUGAGUCGUCGAGUCG